UGAGAUCUCGCUCUUCCUUUAUCCUCGCCUCCUCGGUCCAAGUAGGAGUCGGCGGCUAUGGCGACGACGGCCGCGGGGUACGGCUGUUGCUUGGCGGGGCUACCGCCCUUUCCGUUGUUGCCUGGGAUCCUCUCGACCCGCCUGCGCCGGGAGCCUUCUCCUCCUCGCGUGGCCCUUGUGGCCUCCUCCCCGAAGCUCAGGGCGCCGGCACCGCGGUUGAGAGUUUCGUGCGGUCCAAGGAGGCUCGCUUCCUCCUCUGGCAAGGCCAAUUCGGACGCGGUGCCGUCGCCAACGGAAGCCACUAUUGAUAUAAAGCUUCCUAGAAGAAGUUUGCUUGUUCAAUUUACAUGCAAUGCAUGUGGUGAAAGGACCAAGCGCUUGAUAAAUAGAGUAGCCUAUGAAAGAGGGACAAUUUUUCUUCAGUGUGCAGGGUGCCAGGUGUACCACAAGUUUGUUGAUAAUCUUGGUCUAGUUGUUGAGUAUGAUCUACGAGAGGAAAAUGUGGUACAAGGAGAAAAUGUGAUUGAUACUAAUUCUGAAGAUUGAUCUGUUGUGAGAAGCAGUGUUGGUAUGCAAAACAUCCUGUUGUAGCCUGUUGUCUGAAUGUCUGUAGGUUUUGACAAUAUUGAUUAUUUAUAUAAAAUGACAUUUUAGUUGCUGCAUAUAC